AGGAGGUGGGGGGAAGGAGGAGGAGGGGUAAGGGACGGGGGAUUCCUGCUGAGGAGGCUGGCGGCUGGUGGACUCGCUGACUACAGGCAAGUGCUAACAACAACAAGAGCGAGCCUGCGCCUUUAUUUCCCAAAGUUUGCAGCCGGGAGGACGAGAGAGCAAGCGGCAGGACUGCAGCAGCCCGGGGGAAAUGCCUCUGAAGAAGCUUCCUCCAAAGGCUGGGCUGCGGCAGUGCCUCUGAAGCCAAAUCUGGCCACGUUCUUGCACUGGAAUUAGGGGGAGUGGAUCAAGCGGAUCUCUUCGGGGAUUUGCCAUUCCUGCUCCCCUUGCGGACCGUGGAAGGACCCCCUCCUCCCCUCUCGGUCUGGAAUUAUUAGCACUCAUUCUGGGUUUCUUAUUUUACCCUCUGUCUGAAGCUGCGUUGUGUACUGGCCCCCUGUACAGCUGAGCGCCCGCCGCCACGCAGCGCCUUCCGCUAAUUUGCGCGGCCACCCUCUGCUGCUGGUUCUGCACAGCUGGGCACCCGCGCUAGCUGUUUCUGCACCUCUGCAGGCCAGCAGCCGGCCCCGGCCUCUGGAGAGCCGCGGCAGUUCUACUGAGCACAGCUGUAUGCCCGCCGCAGUUUCCGCACAUCUGGAUUCGCUGGAAUCUUGGGCCUUCCAUGCGCUUCUGGUGCUGCCCUAUAUGUUUUACGUGGGCUUGUUCUUUGUCAAUGUGCUGAUUCUCUACUAUGCCUUCCUGAUGGAGUAUAUCGUCCUCAAUGUAGGGAUCGUAUUCCUGCCUGAAGACAUGGACCAGGCUCUGGUGGAUUUGGGGGUGCUGUCAGACCCUGGCUCGGUGCUCUAUGACACGGACAGCGAGCUGGAUGUGUUUGAUGGGUAUUUGGAAUAACAAGCAAAAAGCGUGCAGAAAGUGACUAGGGAAUAACCCCCCCCACCACACACACCCCGCGCCAAGAAUUGGAGGACUUGUGUUGCUCUUGGUGGGUGGCCAUGGCUAAGGGAUCACCAGAGCCCUGUGCUGUCCUUGCAUCUGAUUUCACUCAGCGCGGCAUCGUAUGUUCAAAAUGGCCCCACCGGUGCAAGUGUCAGUGGGGGCUGCUGCCUCUCGCUGAGGUGCCCAGGAUCUUCUGCUGCUCGUGGGAGGGGAACUGGAGGCUGCGGCGGAGGCCCUGGUGGGGAGCUGGAAACAGACAGAGGGGGCACUGCCGGGCUCCAAAGCGCUAGCCUCAGCAUGCCGUGUCCAGGAGCGGCCCCGGACAGCGCUGCAGCAGCAUGGUGUCUCCAGCAGGGCCUGAAUUCCCGCCCGCUUACCAGCUGAGAUGCCGGGGGAUGGGGGAAGACGGAGUUUGUUGCACACUUGAAAAUAUGCGAGGACUGGAAUUGUGGAACAAGAAACUGUGGCCUUGAAUGUUCAAAACUAAAAGGAAUGUACAGGAGACAAAACGGACGAGACAAUGUGAAGCGGCAGCAUCAGAAUGUUUCAGCUGUGACUUUUCCCCAGGAUUGUUGGAUCAGGGUUGUUACACUAACUGCAGUGAUUCAUAUGCAGCACCAGGCCUCCUUAGGACAUGGCCUUCAUGGACAUUUUAAAAAGUGGUCUCUCCAUACUUUAAACAAAGCUUUGACUCAGAUUUGAUAAACUUUUGAAUAAACAUGUUACCCAAAUGGGCAAUCCAUAUUACUGUUUACGAAGUUUAAAGUCACAUGUUGAAAACUUUCCUGGCUGUUAGUUCAGCAGGUCAGUUCUGCUGUUGGAAUAGAGCCUAAAAUCACUGCAAGUUAAAUUCGGUUCAGAGCAAUAUUACAGAAAGGGAUUGUUUUGUAAGGUGUGGGUAUUUGUUUUGUUUUGUUUUUAAUUUUGUGAGUCUUGUAUUAGGGCAGCAAGAGAGAAUCCAAUAUAAAUCUGGAGGAUUAAUUAUCUAACAGGAUACUUUGCACACUGUUUAAAUUCAAGUUCUUAUGUACACAUGUAAAAGCAAUACAUUAAAGACUGACCUCGUUCAAUUAAAAAGUAUGCAAAUCA